GCCGCAGCUGCUGGGCGCCGCGCUGCUGCCAGCCGCCAUCGCGGGAGCUGGCUUCGCGGGCGCCUCUGGCGCGGUGGAGGUGUUGAUGAACGACGGGAGCGGAGUCCACGGCCAGCGGGACGUUAUGGCGGCCUCCCGCUUGCUGAUCUGGAUGCGCGGCGCCGUGACGGAGGGGGCGAUGAACGGCCUGGCCCCCGAGACCGAGUGGGUCGUCUUGCUCGGCGACGACGUGUUCGUGAACCUCGCGCGCCUCUUCUACUUUGUCGUGCAGCACCCCGCGCGCGAGCACCCGUUGGUCUUCGGCCACUGCCUGUCCGACACCGAGGCGUACGACUUCGACGCGCCGUGCCUCGACGGCGGGGCCGUCCUGCUCAACCGGCUCGCCCUCGACGCGAUCGGCGAGGUGGCGUCGUGCAGGGAGUGGCCCCACGUCGUGUCCGACCAGGUGUCCCUGGGCUACUACGCCUUCGUCAACGCCGUGCCGCUCGUCCACCUGCCCGCGCUGCACUGCCACACACCGCGCAUGGGCGACUCCGACCGGCACCUCGUCAGGGAGUACCCGCCCGACUCGCUGACGACAGACAUUAUCGACACCGGCGGGAGGCCGCAUCCGUGUGUGAACGUGGAGGGGGACGUGAGGCUUGUGGACGCAAUGAGUGGCACCCACCUGAGCCCAGUAGUUCGAUCCUCGAUUUUUGCAGUUUUGUUCAGAGCGAGGUGCAUGAAGACAAUUGUUUAG